UGUCUUUGGGGGCUCUGGCGGGAGGGGGCCGCACAGUCCCCCCGCCACGCCAGACUUCGGGGCACGCCGGCCGCGGGCCGCGGGAACACUGCCUAGUGGGGUUGGCACCAGAAGUGACACCAGAAGCCGGCACCGCUGUGAAUGAUUAACAGGGCCCCAGGCGGCUCUGCGCAGGCGAUUGGUGGGGAUGGGCGGGUUUGUGUCCAAUCAGAUGAUGGGGUGUGGCACACCGAGGGGGUUCUCCAGCCAGCCAGGGGGAGCACUCUGAGUUUGUGACUGGGACUGCACGAGCUCGCACGCCGGCCUGCUGGCUCAGAUUUGCAUGUCUCUGUCUGUUAGCGCACCGCCUGAGCAGGGUGCGCCUCCAUCUCUCUGUAUCGCCGAGUCCGUCUGUCUGUCUGCCGGGGCCGCCAUGUCCAGUCUGAAGGAGCUCUGCGCAGGGCUGCCUCUGAGCCCCCUGCCCCCCAAAAGAGGAAGGGAUCCCGGGGUACCCCACGCCCCUGUUAGGACCCCUAAUCUGUCGGAGCAGGAGGAGAAGCUGGCCCUGAGGAAUGCCCUGCGCUAUAUCCCUCCCGAGCUUCACACCACGCUGGCCCCAGAGUUCGCCCAGGAGCUGCGGCUGUUCGGGCACAUCUACAUGUACCGCUUCUGCCCUCCGCUGGCCAUGAGGGCUUAUCCUAUAGACCAGUACCCCUGCCGGACUCGACAGGCAGCGGCAAUCAUGCACAUGAUUAUGAACAACCUGGACCCUGCAGUUGCUCAGUUUCCUCAGGAGCUGGUCACCUACGGGGGCAAUGGGCAGGUGUUCAGCAACUGGGCUCAGUUCUGGUUAGUGAUGCAUGUCUCACUGCCUAUAGACUCUCUGACUAUCCUGUCUCACUGUCUAUACUGUGUGUGACACGUCUCUCACUCUCGGUCUUCCUCACCUCUCUCUCAGGUCAUCCCGAACUACUCCUCUCGGGAGGAAUAUGACAAGAUGUUUGCUCUGGGGGUAACAAUGUACGGGCAGAUGACAGCAGGGAGUUACUGCUACAUUGGCCCUCAAGGCAUUGUCCACGGCACCCUGCUGACGGUGCUGAACGCCGGCCGGCGGUACCUGGGCUCGGGCGAGCUGGGUGGCCGUGUGUUCGUCACCGCGGGCCUGGGGGGCAUGAGCGGGGCGCAGGCCAAGGCGGCCGUGAUCGCGGGCUGUGUGGGCGUCAUCGCCGAGGUGGAUGAAGCCGCCCUGAAGAAGCGGCACGAGCAGGGCUGGCUGAUGGAGGUCACCAGCGACCUGGACCGCUGCGUGCGCAGGAUCAGGGAAGCCCGGAAGACCAAGGAGGCACUCAGCCUGGGUUACCAUGGCAACGUGGUGGAUCUGUGGGAGCGCCUGGUCCAGGAGUACGAGGCCUCCGGGGAGCUGCUGGUGGACCUGGGCUCAGACCAGACCUCCUGCCACAACCCCUUCAGUGGGGGGUACUACCCCGCCCAGCUCAGCCUUCGCCAGGCCCAGGAGCUGAUGCACAGCGACCCGGCCCGCUUCCGCUGCCUGGUGCAGGAGAGGUACCCUCAGACCGGCGCCGGCCUGCCCGUCUCUUCGCCUGCCUGACUUCCCUCUGGCUCUCUGCCAGUACCCUGCGGACAUGCAGUGUGAUAUAAAUGUGUGUUGUCCCAUCUGGUGACCUGUGUGCUGUCCACUCUGCUGUGAUACAGUAUAAGACCUGUGUGCUGUCCACUGUGCUGUGAUAUAAGACCUGUGUGCUGUCCACUCUGCUGUGAUAUAAGACCUGUGUGCUGUCCACUCUGCUGUGAUAUAAGACCUGUGUGCUGUCCACUCUGCUGUGAUGUAAGACCUGUGUGCUGUCCACUCUGCUGUGAUGUAAGACCUGUGUGCUGUCCAC